AUGCGGAAUCUGCGCAACAUCGGGCACGGCGCAUACAAGCCGGGUCAAGAACAACCCCUGCCCUCCAGAUCCAUCUCGGCUUCCUGCUGGGACGUAUCCCGCGAUGAGAUUAUCCUUGCUCAUGGCCCUACCCAAGACUUCCCCCGAGUCGAGCUGGUGAGGCUCGUGAAGGACUCCGGCUCUGAACCUUCGAACCUUGAAUCCAAACUCGUAGCAUCAUGGGAUGCCGCGCCCGUCCUCAGACAGAAUGGCGAAGAGCCAGACAUCAUCAAGAGUCUGCACUACUUCCCCGACACCCUCACCACUUGCGUCAUCAUGGCCGGCGGUGACAUUAUCACCGUCACCGAGUCCGAGGGGGACGACUACGGCAGUGAAGGUGAGGCUCACGUCGAGAUAGUCGGCACCCUCGAGCCGUCCGUCGCCGGCGCUCGCUGGUCUCCCGACGAGGAACUCCUCAUCGUAGCCACCGGCGACGCCAAAGUCCUCUUCAUGAGCCGCACCUUCGACGUCAUCACCUCCGCCACCAUGACCGAGGACGACCUCAGGCUCUCCAAGCACGUCUCCGUCGGAUGGGGUAAGAAGGAGACGCAGUUCCAGGGCAGGGGCGCCAAGGCCAAGGCGCUCCGCGACCCUACCAUCCCGGAGAAGGUGGACGAGGGCCGACUCAGCGCCAACGACAACCUCCAAAAAUGCAGCAUCAGCUGGCGGGGCGACGGCGCCUAUGUCGCUGUCAACUUCUUCUCUCAAGAGAGCGGCGGGCGGAGAGUAAUCCGCGUGUACAACCGCGAUGGCGAGCUGGACAGCGUCAGCGAGCCGGUCGAUGGUCUGGAGGGCAGUCUCAGCUGGCGGCCUGAGGGUAACCUGAUGGCUGGCAUCCAGCGUUUUUCUGGGUCUGAUCAACGUGUCGAUGUCGUCUUCUUCGAGAGAAACGGGCUCAGACACGGGCAGUUCACGCUCCAGAUCCCCCAGGACCAACCAGAGGCUGCGGAGGACUUGGCGCUCGAGUGGAACGCGGACUCGACUGUCCUCGCCGUCAUUAUGAGAGAUAGGGUGCAACUGUAUACCAUGGGUAACUAUCACUGGUAUUUGAAGCAGGAGCUUCCUUUGUGCGCCGCCGAUUAUGCCCAGCUCGCCGCCGCGGAGCAGCAGUCUUCUCAGGCUCGGGCUGCUGAAAGCCGCUGGACACCACUCCCUUGGUUUUCGUGGCACGCUGAGAAGCCGCUUCUUUUCGCCGUAGCUGCUCCGGAAAGAGCGGUUUGGUUCGAAUAUAUCCUGGCCAUUGCCCGUGGUCCCAUGUGCGGCGGUAUGGGCGAUGUUGCAGUCAUCGACGGACGCACCAUCAAGUUUACUCCUUUCCAAACCGCCAACGUCCCCCCUCCUAUGGCCCUUUACGACAUCGAGGUGGACUACCCCGUAACGGACAUUGCCUUCUCCAAGGACGCUUCCCAGAUGGCUGUCUUGCACCAAAAGGGCAUGCACCUCUUUGCCCUUGAAAAGCAGGGUCCUGCUGGUCGUCGUGCCGCUCCCAAGUUGCUCAAGACUAUCCCGCUUGACAGCUUUGAGAACAAGUGUCAGCUACAGAUCGCCUUCUCGGCUCCUUUCCAGGUCCAGGUACUCUCGCUGGAUGAUUUCCACCUGCAGAUUACCGGUUGGGACUUUAACGAGGAACUGAUGCUGGGUGAAGUUGGCGUUGGUCUGCAGGCUGUCACUCUCACUUCUGCUGAUGAAACAUCGGUCGAGGAUGGCACAAUCGUUCAAGAUCGCCAGGGCAACAUUACCCGGGUCUCCGUGGAGACGGGCGAGACUGUGCUGGGCAAGUUUCCUACUCUCCUUCCGUGGGCCACCUACACAACCUUUGAAGACCAGUUCAUCGCUUUUGGUCUGUCCAGGAAUGGCCAUCUUUACGCCAACUCUCGCCAGUUGGUGAAGAGUUGCACGUCUUUCGUCGUCACUGACAAGCAUCUCAUCUACACGACCAGCAAUCACUUUGUCAAGUUCAUCCACUUGACGGCCAAUGUUGACGAACUCGACGUGCCUCUAGAUGAUCCUGAGACCGAUGAGCGUUGCAGAAGCAUUGAACGGGGAGGUCGCCUCGUCACGGCUAUGCCUUCCAGGAUGAGCAUCGUGCUCCAGAUGCCUCGCGGUAAUCUUGAGACCAUCUACCCCCGUGCCAUGGUCCUAGCUGGUAUCAGACAACUGGUCGAGCAGAAGGAGUAUGGUGCUGCCUUUGCCACAUGCCGCACCCAGCGUGUGGACAUGAACCUUCUCUACGAUCACCGGCCGGAGCAGUUCCUUGAAAACGUCGGUCUCUUCCUUGAUCAGGUCAAGAACGCAGCCGACAUUGACCUGUUCCUGUCUACACUCAAGGAAGAGGAUGUUACGCAAACCAUGUACCGCAACACCAAGGCCGGCGUCGUCACAGCCACCACUCAGCCGGCCCUGACCACUGCCCCCAAGGCCAGCAAGAUCAACACCAUCUGCGACGCCGUCCUGCACAGCUUGAAGGCCAAGAAGAACGCCAACCUGCAAAACAUCAUCACCGCUCACGUCUGCAAGAACCCUCCCGCCCUCUCGGACGGUCUGCAGGUCGUCGCCUCCCUUAUGGAAGAAGACGAAGCCCUAGCCGAGCGCGCAGUCGAGCACAUCUGCUUCCUGGUCGACAUCAACAAGCUCUACGACCACGCCCUCUCGCUCUACAACCUCGAGCUGACUCUCCUGGUUGCCCAGCAAUCCCAGCGUGAUCCGCGUGAAUACCUCCCCUUCAUCCAGUCCCUGCACAAGAUGGACCCUCUGCGCCGACAAUUCACCAUCGACGACCACCUCUCGCACCACGAGAAGGCGCUAACCCACCUCCGGCUGAUCGCCAACACUUACUCCGAGGAAGUCGAGUCCUACAUCAUCAAACACCAACUCUACCCCUCCGCCCUCGCUCUCUACCGGAACGAACCCACCCCUCUCCGCACCAUCACCGCCCUCUACGCCGCCCACCUCCGCUCCCUCUCCAAGUUCCGCGACGCCGGCUUGGCCUACGAGUCCCUAGGCGACUACCCAGCUGCAACUGAAUGCUACCUCAAAGCCGGCACCUCCUCGUGGCGCGAAUGCCUCUUCACCUCCUCCCUCGACCCUUCUCUCUCUCCCGACCAGCGACAAGAAAUCGCCUCCACCCUCGCCGACGCCCUCCGCGAAGCCAAGGACUGGGCCGCCGUCGCCACCAUCCAAGCCGAGCACUUAUCUUCUCUCCCCUCCGCCAUUUCAGCCCUCUGCAAAGGCUACCUCUUCGCCGACGCCUUCCGUCUUAUCUCCCUGCACUCCCGCCCCGAACUCCUCGAAUCUCAUCUAGACCCAGGCCUCCUCGACGCUUUUAGCUCCUCAACCGAGUUCCUCGCCGACUGUAAAUCCCAAUCAAAAGCCCAAGUCCCCCGCAUCGCCGAACUCCGCCUCAAGGCCGCCGAGGAUCCCUUGGCUUUUUACGAGGGGGAAAACCCCUUUGGCCAGCGCACCGGCGCCGGAGCCGCAGGCGACAUCCCCGACGAUAUUUCGGUAGCCGCUUCGUCGAGAGUCUCAACCUCCGCCUCUUUGUUUACUCGCUACACCGGCAAGGGCUCGCAAGUCACGGGGACCGUGGCCUCCAACGUCUCCCGCGCCACGAGCAAGAACCGCAAGAGAGAGGAGAAGAAACGUGCCAGGGGAAGGAAGGGGACGGUUUACGAGGAGGAGUAUCUGGUUAAUAGUGUGAGGAGAUUGGUUGAAAGAGUGGAAGGGUCAGCGAGACAGGAGGUGGAGAGAUUGGUGUGCGCGCUGGUGAGGAGGGGGAUGAGCGAGAGGGCGAGGGCGGUGGAGGGGUUGAUGAUGGAGGUUGUGGAGGGGUGUGAAAGGGCUGUGGGGGAGGUUUGGCCUGCGCAGCAGGGGCAGCAGCAGGGUGGACAGCACGAAGGGGGAGAAAAUGGUGGGGGUGAUUGGGAGGGUGCCGAUUGGAGACCGACGGGUGGUGAUGCGGUUUUGGCGGAUAGUAUUGAGGCUAUGAGGAGGGGAGUGGGGAAGCCGGUGGUGAAGAAGUUUGAGAGGUUGAGUUUGUUGGGUGGUCGUUAAGGGAAGAAGGGGGUGUGGUUGGAAUGGGUGGAUGGAUGGAAUAGAUGGAUGGGGAAAAGCAUGAAAAGUAAAAGGGGGUUGAGUUGUUGUUGAUGGAGGAAACGGUUGAAAAGUUGGAGUCGGAAAAAAAAAGAAGGAGAAAGAUGUUGAAAUUUGUGCUGGACUAGAUAUGGUAGGUAGGUUGUUUGAAAAGUACGAUAGAGAACAAAACAAAAGAAGUGAAAAGUGUUAGAAUGC